AAUCGAUGACUGCGAUGUUUGCCCAAGUCCUCAAUCGUUCAAUAUCCCUCAGCUCCGCCAGUCCAGCCGUCAGGCAACAGACACUAUUUUUUUUUUCCUGUGUGAGCGGUGCGUUGCAAGCGAGAACCCAGACUCGGCCGUUGAGAACCCAUAGCCGCCGCAGCCGUAACCCGCAGCCGGGGGAAUAGAGAUCGUGCGGCGCCAUGUGCUCCGCCAGGCGGAAAGUGCAAAAAGUGAGAGAAGACGACGACGACGCGAAACAAAAGUGAAAACGUGCACAAAUAAACACGAAAAGUAGUCCAAAAAAAAAAGCAAAAAAAAAUUUUACAAAAAAAUUCGCAAGAAAAACAAAAGAAAAUGUGCGACGCCGCUACAGCAGCAGCACCACCAACCACAAAUCCUGUGGGCAGUGAUGCUGCGACGACAUCGAUUCCAGGAACAUCAUCAUCAUCCACAACGACGACGGCAGCAGCAUCAGUAUCAGUAUCAUCAUCAGUAGCAGCUGCUGUGCCAGGAGGUGGAACAGUUGCAGCUAUAACCACAUCGCCAAUGGCUACUACAACUACAUCCUCAGCCUCAGUGACAGCCACAGCUAUAGCCACAGGCACAUCGUCAUCGUCGUCGUCGUCGCUGAAGAUCGAGAAGCGACAAAAUUGCUGCCGCCUGUGCAUCGCCCCCUCGUCGGAGUGCAUCUCGAUCAUGAACAGCUAUGCGGCGGACAAGGAGCCGCUGUCCACCAAGAUCCACAACUGCGUCAACAUCAAGAUCACGCCCCAGGAUCGAUUGUCCUUGCAGAUAUGCCACGCCUGCAUCAGCUACCUCAACUCGUGGCAGAGCUUCAAGAACCGAUCCCUCAUCUCCCAGACCAAGCAGCGCCAGUGGCUGGAGGCGAACAACAGCAGUAGCAUCCACAAGAGCAAGCUGCUCAACUACCUGGACCUGAACAGUGCCGAGAAUGGCUCUGCCUCCGAUCAUCAUCAUCAUCAGCAGCGACAGAACCAGAACCAGAACCAGCAGCACGUCCUGGAGAAUGAGGAUGAAACGGACAAUGCCGGGAUACAGGGAGCGGCAGCCACAGCGGCUGCCAUUCUGGACGGCAUACCCUCGUUGAAGAAACGAAAAUCUCUAACAGUCUAUGUGAGUCCUAAACCGCAACAGUUGCCGCAACAGCAGUUGCAACAGUUGCCACCACUACCACCACCACCACCACCAUCGUCGUCGUCGACGUCGUCGUUGGUAGCACCGCCCUCGUCAUCGUCGUCGAUGAACAGCAGCACCACCAGCGCCGCGCAGCACAGUCUGCAGACCCUGCUCCUGCAAGUUCCAGGAGCAGCAGCAGCCGCCGCCGCCGCCGCAGCCGCUGCAGCAGCAUCGGCAGCAAGCUCUUCCUCCACAGCCACCACAGCGUCCAUGUCCGCUUCCCAGCAGCAGCAUCAUCAUCGGGAGCAGAAACAGCAGCACAGGCAGUAUCGGCGGCACCAUCACCAUCACCUGCCACAGCAGCAGUUGCAUCUCCAGCGUGGCCGGCAGAUGCAGGGUCAUCAUCACCACCACCAUCACUUCCAGCAGCAGCAACAGCGCCAUCAUCCGCAUCCGCAGAGUCAGCGCCGCCAGAGGCAGUUCCGUCCACAGGGAAGGCACAAUCCCACGGCGAACUCCUCCUCGUCCUCCUCCGCCACCGCCUCAGGUGGCUCAUCCACGCUGCGGAAAUUCAAGCCGAAACUGUACUUGCCGCUGGAUAUAGCGGUGCCACCACUGCCGCCGCUGCCCGUGACUGCUCCCGCUGCCGUUGCUCCUCCGUCUGCCCUUGCCCUUCCACCCCCUCCUGCUCCGCCGCCGCCGCUUCCGGCCGCCGGCGCCCCCAAUCCUCCGCCUGCUGGCGUGGCUGGUGGCAGGGAGAGCUUGUCGGUGGCACUGCCACUGGAUUUCAGCCAAGCUAGCUGCAGCAGCAGCAGCAGCAACAAUCGCCUGUCCGGCCUCCUCCUCCAGCAGCAGCAACAGUCGGCUGCCGCAACUGGCGCUGCGCCACCUUCCGCUACCGCUACCGCAUCCGCAUCCGCGUCCACGUCCACGUCCGCAUCUGCUCCAUUGCUCAUGCCGCCACUGCCAGCGGUGCCCAUCAAAGAUGAGCCCAUCGACACGGACGACGACUACCAGAUGAAGUCGAUUGACGAGUCCGACGACAUGGUCGAUCCCACAAUGUUCCUAGAGCGCUCCGAGCACGAGGGCGACAUGCCGUUGAUGACCUCCGACUACGACUACACGGCCCAACAUGGCGUCACCGCCGCCUCGGCAGCCGCCUCCCUGCCGGCCAAUGCCGUCGCCAAUGUGGCCGCUGCCGGCGACUCCAAGGUGGCCAGCUGCCGGGCCUGCAGCCUGCAGUUCUCUACGCGCGCCAAUGCCCGUCGCCACGAACGCAACCUGCACCCCAAUCUGUUCCAGCUCUCCACCGACUCGCCCCACAACACGCCCAUCACCAAGCCCACGCCCGCCCUGGCCGCCGCCCUGGAGAUCCAGCGGGCAGCCGCCGAGGCAGCCACCGCUGAGGCGAAUCGAGCUGCCGGAGCGGCGGGCGGGAACAUCUCCACCCAGAAGUACAGGCAGGUGGUGAUGAAUGCGUUCAUCAAGUGCGAGGGCGGCGGCUACGACUAUGAGAAUCCGGAGCAGUACCGGGCGCACCUCACCCGCGACAAGGUGGAGUUCAUCGAGCAGAACGAGGAGUUCCUCGAGCAGUACCAGACGAUGACGUGCCGGUGCUGCAACAAGUACUUCAGCACCUACAAGAACUUCAUGGCCCACGUCCGCAAGAAGUAUCCGCUGCUGCCGCGCAACCUGUGCUUCAACUGCCUCAAGAUGAACGACUCCAAGGCCCUGUUCAUCUCCCACCUGAAGAAGAGGAACUGCAUCAACCUGUACCGGGUGCUGCACGGCAUUCGGGAGAAGGCCAACGCCUCUAUCUCCAAGGACGCCACUCUGAUCGAGGGGGGCGAUGGGCGAGUUGGCCACCUGGAUGCCGGCUCCAGUCCCAAUGUGACCGGCGACGUAAUCUCCAGUGCGGCCGGAUCGGAGCGACCGGAGAAGCUGCGGGCCAAGGAGCUGCUGGUGAACAAGCUGUACGAGUGCAAGCUGUGCCCCAAGGGCUUCCGGACCAAGCACGAGUUCCGGACGCACGUCUACGACAAGCACGCGGACGUCCAGCGCAAGGACAGCAACUCGAUCCAGUGCAACUUCUGCGGCCUGGACUUUGCCGACCCGGUGGACCGGCGGCGCCACUACAACAACAUGGACUGCAUCGUGCGCCUGCGCUGCAUGACCUGUGACGCCAAGCUGGAGACGCACCAGCGCUUCCUCGAGCACGUCUACCAGGACCACCUGGGCGGCGUGGGCGGCGGCAGUGGCACCGGCGGCGGAGGCGCCAGCAGCGACAAUGCCUCCACCACGGGCAACAGCAUGGAGCACUCGCCGGGCAAGCGCAGCCUGCUCAGUGCCCUGGGCAUCGGAGUGGGCUCCUCGGCGGACGAAUCGCGCAGCAGCAGUGUGGCCCUCGGGCCGAUGACCUCCACGCCCAAGCCGGGCAAUCAACAGAAUCCUUCUGCAGCUGGUACCGGCGGCGGCAAUGGCUCUGCCCCGAAGUCGCAGUACUUCUCCCGCAUGCCCCAGGUCUGCCCCAUUUGCGGCCAGCAGUACAACAACUACAACAACGUGCUCCGGCACAUGGAAUCGAAGCAUCCGAACAAGCUGCCGGAGACGUACAAGUGCGUGCGGUGCGGCCUGGGCUAUCCGAGGAUCUCGUACCUGCGGGAGCACAUGAUCAACGUGCACGGCGUGGACAAGAACCGGCACUCGGGCGGCUUCGAGUACAUCGUGAACGCGGACGCCGUGAAGCUGGCGGACGGGAGCACCCCCAACGUGUACACCGGUCGCUACGACUACGUGAUGAAGGACCUCAUGUCGAUAACAAAUGGUGGGACCCUCGAUGACGACGACGAGGAGCCGGGCAGCGUGGCCAAGAAGAUGCGCCUGGACGACAGCAGCAACAACAGCAGCCUGGCCGGCGUGGGCGUCUCCAGCCAGCAGCAGCAACAGCAGAAGGAGUGCCCCAUCUGCAACGCCGUCUUCAGCAACAACAUCGGCCUCUCCAACCACAUGCGCUCCCACUACACGGCCUCCAACUCGGUGAACGCCGCCCUAACGGCGGCUAAUAGGAUGACGCCCAAAUCCCUGACCAUAACGGCCGCCCCGGCCGACACCAGCAUGGACCUGCUAACUGGAGGCUCUUCCACGCCCGCGGCAUCAUCAUCAGCGGCGGGUGUGCCGCCCGCCAUGGCCAACCAGACGCCGCAGGAGCAGGCCGUGUUCCGGCGCAGCCUCGACCAGGCGGCCGACCGGCGGUUCCGGCGCAUGCGCUGCCGCAUCUGCCAGCGACGGUUCAGCUCGAAGAAGUCCUACCGCUACCACAUGCUCACCGACCACCAGGUGCAGAACGUGCAGUUCAUCAAGUGCAAGCUCUGCAACGCGGAGUUCGCCUACGAGAAGGGCCUCAAGGUGCAUCUGUUCAAGGUGCACGGGCGGGCCAUCAAGGACGAGAUGAUCGUGAAGCAGUUCGAGUGCGAGGUCUGCUCGAUUGUGUACAGCUCCGAGAUGGAGCUGCAGCAGCACAAGCGCAGUGUCCACAAGAUGUCCUCCGCAUCGGCAGCAGCGACCGCCGCCUCCUCCUCCUCCUCGAAAAUGGACGACGACAGCAGCAUUGUCGUGGAUGACAGCACCCUGAAGCCGGCGGGCGGUGACCUGACAGACACCUCCGCCAGCGUCAGCCUGAGCACGCCGCUGUACUGGUACCAGUGCAAGUACUGCCCCUCCAACUUCAACACCAACAAGAAGCUGGCCAUCCACAUCAACUCGCACGACGAGUUCGACUCCAACGACUACUCCUGCAAGGACUGCGGCAAUGUCUACAGUGGAAGGAAGAGUCUAUGGGUCCAUCGAUAUAAGAAGCAUCCACAGGUCCCAGACCCGGCCGAGUGCUCGCUCUGCCGCAAGAUCUUCUUCGACCGCCAGAUGCUGGACAAUCACACGCCGACGUGCAACCGCAAGCCCAUCACCUCAACCGGCGCCCACCAACAGCAGCUCCAGCAGCAGCAGCAGCAACAGCAACAGAUGAAGGAGGCACUGCAUCAGCAGCAUAUUGCCCUCCAGAAGCAGGUGGGCCUGCACUCUGGCAUCUUCCGGCACAAGACCGGCGACGAUGACGACGACGAUGACGAGGAUGAGCAGCACCAGAAGCUGGCCGAUGGAGCUGGCGACAGUGGAGCAGUUGCAUCAACGCCAGCUCCGGCCCCGGCCACCACAACAGCAACCUCGGUUAAGAUACGCAUUCCAGAGGUGGCGUGCACCAUUUGCGGGGCCCGCUUCACCGACCAGGAGAUGUUCACCAAGCACAUCCAGAAGCACGAACAGGAACUGUACGUGGACAAUCCCCUGGCGGCGAUGUUCGACGAUGGGCCGCCCGACGCCGGCCAGUUUCAGGUGGAGCUCGAGAAGCAGAACGAGAACGGGGAGUACGCGUGCGAUCUGUGCGCGAAGACGUUCCCCCAGGUCAUAGCACUCAAGGUGCACCGCAAGUGGCAUUUCAGAGGUGAUAGCAAGCAGAAUCCCAUCGACGGCGAAGCGACACAUUUGACCAACAACAACCACACCACCAGCAACAACAACAACAGUCACAGCAGCAACAACAACAGUUCGAUGUCGCACCUCCGGGAACUGCAUGCGGUGGGCCUGAUCCCCAACAAUCAGCAGGCUCAGUCGGCGGCGGGCCACCAGCAGCAGCAGCAGCAUCAUCCUCAGCAGCAGCAGCAGCAGUCGGGCAACGCCAGCCUGGGGAGCAAGUCGAUGAAGCGGAAGCGUGAACUAAAGUGCGAAUACUGCCCCUCGACGUUCAUCAGCAACAACAACCUGCGCCGGCACAUGUACGAGCUGCACAAGCACGAGGUGAGCAACCUGCCGGAGCCGCCGGUCAUCGUGGUGGACGACCAUCUCUCCUGCCGCCGGUGCAACCUCAAGUUCGAGACGAAGGAGCUGUGGAUCGACCACAAGCUGGCGGACGCCAAGGUGGUGCGACCGUUCUGCCCCUUCCAGUGGGGCUGUGAUCUGUGCGGCGAGUACCUGUCGCGCAAGGAGAAGCUGAUGAAUCACAUCAACAACCAUCUCAAGGAGGAGGUCAUUGUGCCGGUGGCCACCAAGGAGGCGGCGGAGAGGGCGGCAGCAAAGCCGCAGGAGGCAGGGGCAGUUGCGGUAUCGAAUGCCACCGCUAAGCUGGAGGAGCCCGAUCAGAAGGCGGACGACGUCGGCAAGUCGGAGGGUAAGCCUCUGCCGGACAGCGAUGAUCUGGACGAGGAGGACAGCUCCGGUGAGGAGGAGACCUCUGGCACGGGCGAUGACGAGGAUGACGACGAUGAUGAGGAGGACUCGGAGGAGGAUGUGGAGGACGAGGAGGACGACGAGGGCGAUGGCGGCGAGGGCGAGGACGAGGAAGGUGUCCCCCCGCAGCAGCAGCCGCCCAAGAUGAACCUCGCCCAGGACGAUGAUCUGGUCGAGGAGGUGCUCAGCUCCGACGACGAUGUCGAAAGUGACGACGUCGACGAGAUGGAGGAGGACGACGACGACGAUGUCGAGGACGUGGAGGACGAGGACAUGGAGGAGGAGGAUGAUGUGGAAGAGCCCCAGCCGGUGGUGAUGAACGGCAAGUCGAAAAUGCCGCCACUCAUUGUGGCCACCUCGGACGAGGAGGAUGAGGAGGACGGCAUGCUGCCCAUCGAAGACAUAAUCGAGGAGGAAUUCGACGAGGACGCCGCCGAUCCGGAGCCCGAGGACGACAUUGUCGAGGAGGACGAGGUUGAGGAGGUGGAGGAGGAGGUAGAUGAGGUGGAAGAGGAAGAGGUAAUCGAAGAACUGGACGAUGACAUGGACGAGGUGGGCAACGAAAGGCGCAACUCGUCGUCGGCCAGCGAGUCGAACACAACCGCCACCACCACGACCACGUCGCAGUCACAUUCCACGGGUGAGCGGCACAAAAAGGUGCCGGAGGUGCCAGGCUUUACCUGUGAUCUAUGUCAACUUUGUUUCGAUUCUCAGGAGCUUCUCCAGAGCCACAUCAAAAGCCAUUUCCUCAAUGGUCCAAAGCUGGCCAAGGUCAAGGUGGUAGCCGGAGGAGGAGCAGCGGCAGCGGCAGCAUCAUCCUUAACAACGGAAGCGGUGCCCUCAAAGACGACAUCGACAACGACGAGUACCAGUAAGAGUAGUAAGCCACCAGCGGCUGCCACCAAUGCUGCCACAGUCAUCCUCCAUCUCACUUGAAAUGUACAAAGAAAUGCCCAGCCACCACUAGAACCACUAGAACCACUAGAACCACAAACACACCGCCAAAACCCAACAGAAAGAAACUUGAAAACAGAGACAGUAAGAUCCUAGACAUACCUCCAUUCUCCAGAGCGAACGCAUUCCAUCACUACCAUCAUCAUCUUCCAUCAUCAUCAAUCAUCAAUCAUCAGCCACGAUCAUGUAUAGCCAGAGUAGUAGUGCUGUAGUAGUAGUAGCUCUUGUGUGCGUACUCCCUUUUUUUCUCUCUAUAGAUCUUAAGGUCCAAUCCUCCAUAUAUAUAUCCAUCUCAUAUAUAUGUAUAUAUGCAGGAUAUAUAUAUAU